AUGCACCGCGGCGUGUGGCUGAAGAAGAUUCGGGCGCUUGACGAGCAACAGGAGAAGCUGCGCGGUCAACUCGUCGCCAGAAAGAAGUCGCUGGAGGACACUGCCGGUAAGAAGGUCGCCGCCAGCGAGCGUGAGGCGGCGCUGCGCCAGAAGCUCGCCGACACCCAGCGCCGUGAGGAGGAUUUGCGCAUCGCGGUGGCGGAGAAGGAGAGCGCCAACGACGCCUUCGACGUGGAGUACGCCGCGACGUUGGAGGAGUACAACGCGCUGCGCCGCGAGACGGAGGCGGAUGAGGUCGUGAAACAGGCGGCAGCAGCGGCACAGGCCAGCCAGAAGGAAACGCAGCGGCGGGUCGACGACGCGAAGCGCGAGGCCGACGCGGCCGCCGAGAAGGCCAACAUGAUGGAGGCGAAGAUCCGGGAGAGCAAGCAGGCGGAGUGGCGCGAGCAGGUAAAGCGCGAUGGGGCUGAGGCGGCGGAGCUCCGCCGCAACCGCGACGAGCUGCGGCGCAAGCUCGAUGAGCUGCAGGCGCGGAAGGGCGAGCUGCAGGCGGUGGUGGACAAGCGGCAGAAGAAGCAUUAA